UGAUGACUCAGGCAGCUCAUGAGGAAGACAGACAAGAUCCUCACUGAGUUUAGCCAGUUCUACCAGGAGCAGUAUGGCGUUGCCCUCUUUAACAGUGUCCGCUUUGAGAUUGAAGGGGGAACGGGACCCCAGUCCCAACUGUUGCAUCGGAAGGUGCCUCUGGAGGAUCGGACCAUCUUCUCAGGCAAUCUCUUCCAGUACAUAGAAGAAAACAAGAAGUGGAGGAACCGUUUCAGCAUCGUGCCCCACAACUAUGGGCUGGUGCUGUACGAGAACAAACUGGCCUACGAAAGGGGUCUGCAACCCCGAAUUCUCAUCAACAGUGCUGGCUACAAGAUCCUCACCUCCUUGGAACAAUAUUUGGAACUGGUCAGCCACAACUUAACGGGCUCCACAUCCAAACCGAGCCAUGCUUCCAUCAUCAAAUGCCCCACCCAGUUCCCCCUCAUCCUUUGGCAUCCUUAUGCCCGGCAUUACUACUUCUGUGUGAUGACUGGCAAGGAGCAAGACAAGUGGCGGGCGAUUUUUCAAGACUGCGUGCGCCACUGCAACAAUGGAAUUCCAGAAGAGUCCAAGGUGGAAGCUCCAGCAUUCACCGACGCCGUGCGUAUGUAUCGCCAGUCAAAGGAGCAGUACGGCACCUGGGACAUGCUUUGUGGCAACGAAGCCCAGAUCUUGAGCAAUCUGGUGAUGGAGGACCUCCUGCCUGAGCUGAAGAAUACAAUUGGCCCCCGGCUGAAGGGCAAAGACCAGGAGAGGAACCGGGUGUGGACUCAGAUCUCAGAUGCCGUGUACAGGAUGGUAUACGACCAGGCAAGAGCCUAUUAUGAUUCGUUAGUGACAAAAUGUGAGCUUCAGAUUCCUGGAAUGCAGAGCACCAUCCGGACAGAUAUGGAUCAGAUCAUCCAAUCCAAGGAGCAUCUGGCCAACAAAAUCCGAGCCACUGUCCUCUCUAAAGCUGAGGUCUGUGUCCGGAAUCACGUCCAACCAUACAUCAGUUCCAUCCUGGAAGCCCUGAUGAUCCCCACCAGCCAAGGCUUUGCUGAAGUGCGGGAAGUGUUUUUCAAGGAAGUCACUGACAUGAAUAUGAACAUUGUCAAUGAAGGAGGGAUGGAGAAGCUGGGAGAGUACAUGGAAAAACUUUCCCAGCUAGCUUUCCAUCCGGUCAAGAUGCAGUCCUGCUACGAGAAGAUGGACCAGUUGAAGCUGGAAGGUCUGCAGCAGAGGUUUGAUGUCUCCAGUGCCUCUGUGUUCAAGCAGCGUGCCCAAAUCCUGAUGAGGCAGCAAAUGGAUGACACCGUCUACACUUUUGAGACCCUUCUCCAUCAGGAGCUGGGGAAGUCGUUGAGCAAAGAUGAACUCUGCAAGACAAUUCAGCGCAUCCUGGAGCGGGUGCUCAAGAAAUACGAUUAUGACAGCAGCACGGUGAGGAAGAAAUUUUUUCGGGAGGCUCUGCUGCAGGUCACAGUCCCUUUCCUGCUGAAGAAGCUGGCUCCAACUUGCAAAGGGGACCUCUCAAGAUUCCAGGAGCUGAUUUUUGAGGAUUUUGCCCAGUUCAUCCUGGUGGAAAACACAUAUGAAGAGGUGGUCCUGCAGUCUGUCAUGAAAGAUAUCAUGAUGGCUGUGAAAGAGGCAGCCAUUCAGCGAAAGCACAACUUGUACCGUGACAGCAUUGUGAUGCAUAACAGUGAUCCCAACCUCCACCUGCUUGACGAGGAGACGCCCAUCAACUGGGGAGAGGAAUAUGGUGGUGAAUCAGACUCGGACCCAUCGGAUGAGAAGCAGCACCGGGCCAGACAAGUUGUCUCAGUGAUCCACACGGACGAAAGUGCUCUGCCCUAUGAAGUUACGUCCUUGGAAGAGUCUUCAGAUGCUCCAGAAUCAGAGGGGUCAGAUUGCUGUUCUGUUCCUCCGACACAGGAUCCCUCUGACCCUGUGAAGGAGCUCCGUACGUUGCUGGUGAAAGAGAUCGAGAUCCCAGCCGUGGAUGGCGAUAGGGCUGAGGAACAGUUGCACAAUGGUACUAUUACCCAAGAGAGCGCAGGAGCCCCAGAGCACAGGGAGGAGAAAGAGGAGACCGCCCAAGCAGAGGAUGGCUGUCCCACAGAAUCCUCCACGGAGCUCAGUGGAGAGAAACAGGAAGCUCCAGCCCCCUCACCAGCUGCCCCCACACAAUUGCCUUCCCCAGCUCCAGAUGGAGGAGCCCCAGCCGAAUGCUCGGAGCCCAGCAAUAAAGAGACAGGCGAGGAAGAGGUGUCCGCCCAAGCCAGCCAGGCAGAAACAGAACCCCCGCUGGAGAACAGCCACGGGGUCACAGAUGAAAGCGAAGGGGUGCAGACUCAGUUCUAGACCCGCCCCCCUUGUAAGAGGAUUCCUCGUGGCCAGAUGAACACCGAAGGGAGACCAGAGUUGGGGACCCUGUGAGACUGGGGAAUGGCAGAGGCAAGUUGAUCCAAGAGCAUCCUAGGCUGGUUUAGGAGCAUCUUUAGCUUUAGAUGCACUCGAUUCUUCUGGAGAAGUUCUGCCUUUGGGGGGUGGGUGGGAAGGGAAGGAAUUGCAGUGGAGGAACCCCAGAACCCCAGAAUUCAUGUUCUACAUCUCACUGCCUCUUGGGUCCAGGGUGAUUUUUCUUGUCUUGAACUGGGGUGUUUUCCCCCACUACUUCUUCCGACUUUGGCCUACUCAAAGUUGGAUUGUUAUGAUCAGAUGUUACUGAGAAGGGACUUAAUCUUAGAUGCUAACAAAUGCCUGGAGCAUUGGAACAGAGAGAAGCCAUUGGGUUUCCCCGUCUUGAUCCAGACUGGUACUAAUUUGACUUUUUGUCCCAUAAUUUGGUUUGAUGCAUCACCCCUUUGCCUUGCUCCCACCUUUGAUGAAAGAGGGCUCUUUCUCCUGGGGGGGGGGGGGUCACCUCUUUCCCUCACCAUUUUUCACUUUUUGCAUUGGUUAUCUCUUAAUUUGCCCUUCCCAGGGCCAAUGCAGAGUUGUUCCAGUCUCAUAUUCCAGAUGAUUUUAGCAAAUCAUCCCAGGGUUGCUGAGGAAGGCGGUGAAAUUGCAUUCUUCCCCCACCUCCAUCCCUGUCCAAAAGUAGGCAGAGAUGGAGAC